CUUUCCGUUGCGCUCCUCUGUGACCCACGUUCCAUAAAGUGGUCACUCAAAAUACGUUCGCCAACCAAUCCGAUCGACGAGGAUAUCCACCGCAACAACCUGAACGGUCAUCCUACUCCCUGUUGAGAGGUUUUCCGGCUCGUUGGACGUUUUCAAGUGCAGUGCUUUGGCGCACAGAAGAUCCGUGUCCCCAACCAGCUGUAUUAUUUCAACUACGUCAACCAAGAAGUCUCGAUAGGAGGCUUCCCCACCCUAGCGCAAUGGUUAACCAUCGCCGCGGUCCUUGGUCGCAGAACGAGGAUCAGUGGCUUGUCAGCCUCGUCCAUCGCAACGGACCCCACAACUGGGUCCGCAUUUCCCAAGAGAUUCAGACACGCUCACCAAAGCAAUGUCGGGAGCGCUAUCACCAGAACCUCAAGCCAAGUCUGAAUCAUGAUCCGAUCACUCCAGAAGAGGGGGAGCAAAUCGAGCGCAUGGUGGCAGAGAUGGGGAAGCGAUGGGCCGAGAUCGCACGAAGACUCAACGGCCGCAGCGACAACGCAGUCAAAAAUUGGUGGAACGGUGGUCAGAACAGGAGAAAGCGCAAUCCUGAGCGUCACGAGCGAAUGCAUGCGUCGCCGCCUGGGUACCCAUACCCCCCAAUGUCACGACCAAGGCGAGAGUAUUUGGAUGCCGCGGAAGAACCUGCUCACUCCCAGCAUUCUCUACCACCGCUAUUUAACAGAGACUCGCCUGAUUCGGCGUCGUACUACUCGCAGUCUCGUCGACCGUCGUUGAAUCCAUCAAUGAACAGUCCUCAGGCACUCAAAUUGCCUCAACCACACAACUUCGAGGCCUAUUCAGGAUCACGACCACAGCCUCUUGAGCUCCAGUUCGCCAAUCCCUUCUCGGCCUCAAGGGGGCGCGGCUACGAAACUCCCAUGCCUUCACCCUCUGUCUACUCCAUCGUUUCGGCUGACGGUGCCCCGUCACUCAUUACAGACACUGGCUCAGAGUCACGCUCGCCUCGUGGAGCAGCAUCGCCUCUCGAAUUCACUCUUGCACCAUUGGUAGGUGGCAGAGAUGAGCGCAAGAACUCGGUUACUCGAUACCUGCCCCAGUCGGGCUUCGCAACUGAAGAUGACGGCCAGUCAGCUCCUUACGAUCAGUUCAAGAGGCGGGCGUCCGUGCAACUCCCACCUCUGCACCGCACCGAGCUUACAGCAUCGGCUCCUUCUUUCCGAGAGCCAAAUUACAAACUUGGAAAGCAGCCGCUACUCACCCAGCCUGCGCCUCAACUUGUACACUACCACUCCCUACCACAGUCUACACCACUCGCCACGGAACAGCGGCCACUGCCUUCUGUCUACUCUCUUGGGGAAACAGAGCGUGUAUCGCAUGCACAACCCACUUCUCCUGGGACUAUGAGCCCAUCCUCACGCCAGCUUCCGUCGCCCUUUGACCACUUCGGUCGCAGAGUCGAUACCGAGUCAAAGAGCGCUCCUGCCUCUCCACAGAGUGGCAGUCGGGAUAGCAGGAUGAACCUUGCGACCAUGCUAUCGUAGCUCUCCUUGUACUUGAAUUCGAGUUAUCCUCAUGCUGUUAUACACACCCCCAAACUUCCUUUCUCAAGGAUUUCUUGUUUAUACGGCUAGUUUUACUACCUGUUAAUGAUUUACUUUGCGGGCAUUCAGCUUCAUCUCAUCUCAUUCAGAGAUUUCUUUUCUUACCAAAAUCAGGCUGGGAUCUUAUAGUACGGCCUCGGGAUACCCAU